UACAGCUGUGUUUAGUACAGCCAGUGCUGAACUGUUAUGAUGUGUCAAUAAGUUAAAAAGGUGGACGGCACCAAUGAUGAGAGCCCCCCCCGGAUACUUGUGCAGGAUAUUAGAGGUCAUCGUCAUUGCAUGACAAAGGCAGUGGCAGAUUCAUCUACAUCACUCAUACUGCAUUUCCAUAGUUUUUUCUUCAGUGCGGUAGUACCAUGAAGGGUGGAGGAAGGGGUAAGGAGCCACCUGUUGCAGGGGAGGUCACUGGCAAGCGCCCCAAACGUAAAUGCCUACAGUGGCACCCACUUCUCUCCAAAAAGGCUCUGGAUUUCUCUGAGGAAGAAGAAGAAGAGGAUGAAGAGGAUUUGGAGAAGCAGCCAGUGUUGUGUGGCCAGGACCAGGGGUCACAGAUGGAGUGUGGAGGCACAACAGAGGAAGUGGAGGAGGACUCAAAUGAACAACGAGCACGGCGGCCAAUGAAUGCUUUCCUCCUCUUCUGCAAACGCCACCGUUCUCUGGUGCGGCAGGAACACCCUCGUCUGGACAACCGCGGGGCGACCAAGAUCUUGGCUGAUUGGUGGGCUGUGCUUGAGCCCAAAGAGAAGCAGAAAUACACUGACAUGGCCAAGGAGUACAAGGAUGCCUUCAUGAAGGCAAACCCGGGCUACAAGUGGUGUCCCACCACCAGCAAACCAGUUAAGAGUCCUUCCUGUCAGCCAGUCAGCAAUCCCCGCAAAAAAUUUUGGUCUUUCUCUUCCAACUCAUCCAAGGACUCCACCACUGCCAAAAAAGUGCCCAAAACUGACAGCAUGCCACAGUUAAACUUUGCCAUGGCAGAUCCUACUAAGAUGGGAGGACUUAGCAUGCUGCUGUUGGCCGGGGAACAUGCCCUCACAAACAGGGAGAUCCCUUCCAGCACUAAACCUAGUUUACCUGACACAGCCAGCGAAGGGAACUGCUUUCCAGGGGAUAAUGAAGAGAUGUUGUCUGGGACAAUACCAAACAGAGUGCUUGAUGUUACUGAAAGCAGGGUCAAGUCUGCCCUUUCCCCACUGGCAGAGUCAUCUCUGUCAGCGGCACCUGAAGGAAAACCAUGCAGACAGUCCGCUCUCUUCCAACUUGCUGAGAUGUGCUUAGCGUCUGAAGCCGGAAAGAUGGACACAGUUGUAUCUCAGCCAGAGGACAGCUCCUCUGCAGCCUCCUUCCAACAAACUACAGUCAAGGCAGAAAUCAAGGAGGAGAAAGCAGACACUGACAACUCUCCUCCCUCCUCUCACACAUCAGCCCUCUUACCUUCGCUCUCCUCUCUCACUUCUACCUCCACUGAUGCCAAUCCCCCACAACUCAGCAGCCAAAAUGCUUGUGUCAAAAAGAAGAGCAAGAAGAAAGAGAUGGCCAAGUCAAAUGAUAACAGUGAGAUCCAUUGCACAGCAAAGAAGCUCAUCAAAAAGUGUAACCAUGCAGAAUCAAACGUGGACAGUGUUUUCAGUACGAUUGAAGCAGUGGCCAAAGGGGCCUGGAAGGACACUGAGGAGAAGCCCAAGAAGAAGAUCCAGAGCAGUCCUAGUGGUGGGAAUUCUAGUUUUCCCAAAAAGAAGAGUAAGCCUAAAGUCAGGACCUUUGUUAAAGAAAAAGAGGACAAGAUGGAUGAAGACAGUGGGCAGUGUGGACAGUACAGUUCCUCUGAGGUGGAGAUGAAGGACGAGAUGACAUACGUUAGUCCCAGGACAGAAGCAAAUAUAGGAAGCACAGACCCUCAUGGCAGCAUGGCAGAACUUCAUCACUCCCCCUGCAGCCCCUCAACUGCUAAGUUCAAAGAGGAGGACAAGGGGAAGGAAAGGCAGAAUGAAGUGACCUGUGAGUCUAACACAGAGAACCGCGGCUCAAGGAAAUCAGAACGGAGCUGCAAAGGAGCUUUGUAUAAAACACUCGUUUCUGAGGGAAUGCUGACUUCACUGAGAGCCAAUAUUGACCGAGGUAAAAGAGGUGCUUUCCGUGCUUCUGAUCAUGAUGCAAACUGGUGUGAUGACAGCUGGACAGUUCCACAGUUGGGACCUAACAACCCCAAGAAGCUGAAAAAGUCCAAGUCCAAAGAUGAAUCUUCACAGGGCCUAGGAAAACUGGAGGAGGAGUUUGAAAAGAAAUUUAACAGCCUACCACAGUAUAGCCCAAUGACAUUUGAUAAGAAGGGUACUAAUAUCGCAAAGAAGAAGAAGACUGACGGUUCCACUCUCCAAGAGGAAACCUCUAAAGUCGGAAAAGGGCCAUCUCCAUCUCAGAAAAAGACUUCAUUCCACAAGAUUGUUAGGAAGCACAAACACAAAAAGGAGAAACCAGGUGCAGUGGACAAAGCUGGGCUACAGAGUGAUUCCACCAUGCUGGAUUCAGCUUCAAAAGCCAAAUCACGUGCCCCUGUUGCCACAAUGUGCCCAGAUGUCCAGGGCACAACUAGUGUGGAGAUGCUAGUUGGUAGCCAGAAGAGGAAGGCUAGGAAGACCAAGAUCACACACUUGGUGCGCACAGCUGAUGGCAGUGUGUCUCCAGCUGAGGAGGACAAAAGUAGAGACCUGAACCAGGAACAGGAUAAGAAGCCAUUUCACCAACAGAAUUUAUGCAAUGAAAAAGGGUGCUACAGUAAUCCCAGAGCAGAGGAGGCAGAGAGGAGCACCGUACCGCAAGAGCUACCUGCAUUCUUCAGCUUGGCAGCCCUCGCUGAGGUAGCAGCCAUGGAAAACGUUCACAGAGGCCAGAGAGGCUUGGCUGAGAGUCAGAAGAAAGAGCUUGCCCAGACUCCAGUCCUCAUCUCCUGUGCUGAUCAGUGAAACUCUGCUGCUGUUAUGAAAAGCCACAACCUGGACAUUGGCCGUGGAGCUUUACUUUCCUCAGUGGUAAUCCCACGCUGAAGGGAGACUCGAACAGGAAGCUUUGGACAGACUCCACCUUCCCCUUUGUGGUGAAUUUGCUUGAGCUUGGGUUCAUGGUGGAGGAAUGAGACCCUCUCCUCCUCCUCCCCGCUCCUCGCUAUCUCAGUGUUUUCCCUUAUGCCUUCCUUUGGUUUGAGGCAAGAUGCCUUUCUGAAGUCCUCACCCCCUUUAGAUGCUCUGUUAGGGCCUGUGGAAGAAUCAAGCUGUCCCCUAGUGCAUGGGUUCCUCUAUAGAGAUGGUUAUCAUGGGUUUCUUUUACACUGUUUUGUCAAAUAGAGGCCAUUUUUAAGGUCAAGUCUUGCAGUUUAAAAAACAGCAUUUUAGGUAGGAAAAAAACCCAACAAUGCAUUCGUUUUAUAGACGAACACAGCUUUCUGUCACCUUUUUACCUCACGCACACGCCUACUGAAGAGUUCCCUACACCUCCGGUAGAAUACCUCUGUAUUUGAUCAGUUCUUAUCCCUUCCAUUCCCUCCAGCUUCAGCUCAAAAUGUCUUUAACCAGGGUAAAUAAUCAUGAUUGAUAUGCAUCCAUUACCAACUAUUUGCUUAGUGUUUCCCUGUGGUACACUGAUGUGGUGUACCCAGAGUACAAAGAAAUCAUGGCUGGGUAUUUGAUAUGUAUGUUAAGAUGAUGCUACUGUAAGACAGUAUGUGGUAGCUAAAAAUAAUCAAGUUAGACUGAAUGUGUACGAGUACACCUGUGCAUACCCUUGCACCUGAACUACAGUUGACUAUAGCUGAGACUUUGUUCUUUUUAUCUUUUUAGUAGUAGGUCCCUGUAAGGCUUAUGAAACAGUAGGUUGGCUUAAAAACUGCUUCUUGUGAUGGAGAGAUCGUGUGAAAGUGAUUCAAAUAUAGCCUUAACCCUCCCACCUAGACCCUCUGUGCCACCACAAAGCCCUCAACCAGCUUCUUGCUCAAUGCCAUCACAGUCCUGAAGUCAGUGUAAUGUUUUCUUAUCGUGAAAAUGCAGUUUUUGUCAAUACUUGAUCUUAUUGCAGUUUGCGUAGCAUUUAGAAAGGUCAAUUCCUUGUGUGCAACUUAUUUCAUGGAAUAGGUUUUUGUUUGUUUAUUAUGUAAACACUGCACUUAUUUGUAGCAGAAGUUUGAGUUGCUCUUGGCAGGGUAAUUAAAAUGCCUUGUCUCCACCGGUCAUAGUGUUCAUACUCCAUAGCCUGUUUCGAUAGUGUCUUCAAUGUCCUGGCUAAAGUCAGCCACAAGCUCCAAUGUAAAAGAUUAGGAUUUUGUCAGUGUAAAGGAAUUAUAUUUUCUGUGAAAUGGUUUUAUUCUACGUGUCUCAUAAAAUGAGCAAUUUGGAAAAAAAAACACUAUACAGAAAUAAUACUUAUAUGAUAAUACUGUCAAAAUCAGACCACGCUAUGCUACAGUUCCUCUUAGAGCUAAUGGAGACAAGGCAUUUAAUAAUAAUUUCCCCAUUUGUUUCCCAUUGGCCUUUUGAGAUUUCACUGCCAAGUAAUGGUCUACUCAGAGGUCACAUUGUAAUCCAUGUUUUGAUUUUUACAAGUAUUUAUAUAUAGAUGCAACUUUGUGUUCUUUAUUUUUGGCUUUGUUGUGUUAAUGUUUGGUCAGAAUCAUUCCAUUUCCAUCCCUCUGUCCUGGCAAUACUUAAGUUUGCAGUUUAUCAGUGAGGACAAACAAGGAUAGAUGCAGUUAACCUGCAGGUUUGUUGCCUUCCCAAGGGUUGAUGGAACCUGGAAGAGCUGCCACAGGCUAGUGGAGGCUAGUGGAGGCUAACAGAGCUACAGACUCCCCAGCAAUACCCCUCACCUCCGUACUUUGCAGCCUUUUGCUCCUCUGUGUAGACCAAUACUUAAUUCUUAAUUUAUCACAUUUUAGAUUCGAUCAAGUUUAUAAUUUUUAGAGCUUUUUGUUUUCUGUUUGAUUGUUUUUCUGUUAAAGUAUGUGCAUUUAUGAUGCUCUUUUAACUAUGUCCUCUUUAUAAACUUAAAUGUUUUUUCCUGAGGUCAAGCUUACUGGAUUAAGAAUGUUGUCAAAAAAGAUCAAGCUCAUAGACAAUUAAUGCAUCUAUGCUUACCUGCUAAGCAAAUGGGUACUGAGAGAAAAAUACAUCAUCUCUAGACAAUGAGCUUGUCACCUCUGGAGGAGUGUAUUUGACUGUAACUGCGACUGCAUCACCAUUUCUCGGAUAUGUGUUAAGAUGUGUUAAGAGUUCUUUUGGACAUUUAAUAACAGGACCAACAAAUAAGAAACUUAUGGGUAUUAGAGAACUCAUGCAUCUUGAAAAAUAGUAUUUUUUCCUAAAUCAAGGCAUUGCUACAUUGUAAUAAUGUUUUGCUAAUGUAGGCCCUUGUGUGCAAAUACUGCAUUACAUGUAAAAAAAUCUAUAAUUGCUCUCUAAAUUUGUCCUUAAAAUCUAAGAAACUUACUGCAAAUGUUUCCCAGUUAAGUUUAAGGAAACAAAAGUAUGCUUUAUGAUAAUCUAAUAAUAAACGGCAUAUAUAUAUAUAUAUUUUCAGAUAUGAGGGAAAGUUACAUUAAGGAGGAUAUCAUCUAAGCAGAAAACUGUAUAGUUCUUCCACUGGUGGACAUCAGUGUAGUUCUUUGCAAAGACAAAGAAAUUGUCUUCCCCCAAAAUAGAGAUAUAUUUGCUUUUAGCCAGUGAGUGUAUUUACAUUUGCCAAAGAAAGAAAAAGGUAUAUUCAAAUGGAAAUCCUGUUUUAAAAAAAAAAACAAAACAAAAAAAAACAAAGAAAGCUAGCAUAACAGUUGCACUGCAUUUUCUAGGUGUGUAAAUCUUCAGGUAACAAUAUCAGCACAAUUCAUCCUGUGUAUCUAACGGGCUUUCCUUGGUGUUUGAACCCAGAGUUGGAAUGAAGUGCAACAAAAGGGCACCACUCAAUGCCUCUUUUAGUAUACAGUAUUUGCACCUUAUGACCCAAACCAAAAUGAUCAUGAUCUUUGAAGAAAAUAUAUAAUUUUUACCCACUCUGGAAAUUAUGCAUUUUAACUAUUAUAUAUGCGAGAAUCCAGUAGAUAACAAUCCACACAUCUACAAAACAGCCAUAAUACUGUCAUUUCCCCACCCCUUCACUUUUCUAUUUAGAAAAUGCUUCUAUAAAGUUGAAAUUCCUAUAUUAGUUACCUAAAUGACUAUAACACCCUUUUGUGCUAGUACUGUCUUCUUGAAUGUAAUCAUUUUGUACCUGUAUUUUUCUAAUUCAGUCUUGAUUGUACUGUAUGUAUGCUAUGAUGGUAUACUGUUCCUUAGGUGCAUAGUUACAACCAUUCUCAUGACAGGAUAGGUGCUGCGCUGCAAACUCAAUGGAAGUGUGUGGAGGUUUUAAGUCCAAAGGACUUACUGUACCAUGUGAGCAUCCAUGAGACUGAAAACUGAGCGAUUCUUGCAGUUUGAGUGGUGGGACAAUAGCUUUCCCUGGUUUGCUAUUUCUUUUUCCUUUGCAGUAAAAGUGAAAGUCUGUUCAGGAAAGUUUGUGAAACAGGGAUGCUCCUGCAAUCAGACAGAACAACUGAAUGCUUGAGUUUCAACUUAUUUAUUACUGUUCCUUUUUAUAGGUUUAGUCAAAUAAAAAAAAUGAAAUAUACAACUGAUUAUGCAUCCAUUUAUACAUGAACGUGUAUAAGAUUAUCUACCCUUUACUGGAAUGUAGAUCAUGGCUUUGUUUUGUUUUUAGUAAAGAGGAGGUUAUGCCAGAUCUUUUAAGUGUCUUUCGUCUGAUAGUUUGUACGACAUGUGCUUAAUCUAAUUUAUCUUAUUGGUAAUCAUCAUGACAGAUAUGUUUUUUUGAUUGUUACAGCCCAGUUGUUAAAUGCAGCCUUACUGGAACCCCUGCUUAAUGAGGGAUCCCUCAACCUCCUACCAUUCCUAUACCCGCCCCACCCACAGCUCCUAUGUCAUAACACUGUUUGCUGAUGCAACUAUUAUUCCUUUUACACUUUCUGCUGACGCAAUUAUUACUUCUUAAA